AUGGACGGGCACGCCGUCAUUGGUGAGCUGGCCUUCGCCGAGAACAAAGACUGUAGCAAAUGUACAGAUUUGAGGGUUAUUGAUGCCUACGAAACCAGCUCUUAUCGCUCUCUAAUCAAUGCCGCUUUCGUUAUCAUUAUCAGGGAUCAGAAUCUGGAGGAUAACAGCUCGUCCGCUUGGCGAUAG